AAGAUAUUCUACGGAGUCUGAAACUCAGAGAUAAUAAGCGAAAACAAAGAUUAUACUCCUCAGCGCGGUCUUGAUAACUUCAUAUAUGUUACAAGCCAAAGCGUGCCUACUUGUGAUUGGUCAUCACGAAGUCCAAACAUCAUCUUUAAAACACACUUCGCACAGUCUCCCUGAGCCACCAAGAUCAAAGCACAACUUCAGAAUCACACAAAAUGUCGACCUUGGAUAUGUUUUCCCUUAAUUUUCUUACUCGAAUAUCGCUAUACAAAUUGCGAGAAAAAUGCAGCUUCCAACUGGUAUCAAUCGCAAAUAUGCCGCCCUAGCAGGCUUUUUCCUAGGACUGGCAUGGCUUUGGUACGCUUUUGAUCGUCCUCGUGUUAUACCUACAUAUAUCAUCUGGAAUGCUAGUCCCGAUGGCUCUCAAGCACAUAAUCCCCCUCCCACCUUGGAUCAACACGAUGUAUUCGAUUUCCCGCAUGUCAAUUCCGAGGUUAUGAGAGCAGUUUGCGAGACACAAACAUGGAACUCGAGCAUCAUAUUUACAUGCGACAGUAACCAAGGAGGAGUUGGGCAUGUGCGAAAUGCGAUACUGAAUUGUGUGCGAUAUGCGAUUGGUGCAGGUGGUAGCUUGGUUAUGCCAAAUAUCAAGCUGAGGGAAGAUAUUGAGGGAAUGAACAUGAUGCCGAGCGAGGAUGGGGACGGAUCACAUAUGGGAAAACGACAUGGGCUCGGUUGGAAAGGAAUGGACUACAUGUUUGAUGCGGACCAUUUCAGGAAAUCUUUGAAAAUGUCAUGUCCUGAAUUGAAGGUCAUUGAUCACAUGGAACAAACGGUCAAUGGGAGAAGACGCGGGCUUCAGCCUGAAAGCUUAUUUAUCAACCGGCCAAGCAGUGGAUUGGAACAUCCAGAGGAAUGGCAAGGAAAAUUAAAUGAUUGGAUCCAAAAGUGGAUGGCGCCAACACCGACUUCGAUCCCAAUUGUUGUGGAUCUCGAACAAUCCAAUCUUCAAUAUCCAACCCAUGCCGACGGUCAUGUAUUUGCCCAUGAGUUCGGCAGGAUUAUGAAAUUCCGACCUGAUGUUCGUCGGCUCGCGACCUCGACUUUGCGCCAAAUGUCCAGCUGGUACGAUGUGCCACUCAACGUUAGCUCAACAAUUGUUACCCCUUCAUUCCUGGGCGUACAUUUGAAAACCGAGCCGGAAGAAGUUUCAGAAGGAAUCGCGAAACGUCAUGUCACUGCAGCUCCAUUCACGCACUACAAUGGUCAAGCUGAGGCAUAUAUUGCAUUGGCGAAGUCGAUGAAAACGCCACUCAUUUAUGCUGCAUCUGGCGAUAUUGAUUCUACCCACAAGCUCGCAAUUGAGGCCAAAGGUCAUGGCAUCGAUGUUACUCACAAAGAAGAUCUUUUGAAAGAGCAUGAGCGAGAAGAGCUCUCUCAUCUAAGAUGGGAUCAGAGAGCUUUGAUCGACUACCUUGUGGUUUUGCGAGGAGAAUAUUUCGCGGGUGUAGGACAUUCAAUGUUCUCGUGGAAUGUAAUGUUGAAAAGACAUGAGUCUGCAUUGUUGAAGCAAAAAUUGCACGAGAAUAUUUAUGCCGAUGACCUAAGUAGUCUCUAUGGUGUUAGAGAGAGCUAUCUGGACUCGGCAAAAUGUAUGUGGCCUUGAUUUUGUUUGGGUAAUCUGGGUUGGAGUACAGGAUUUUUUGGAGUAUAUGCUUGGAUAAGCAAUGGAGUACAUACAUAGCUUGCUGGGUUAGCUACUGUUGUAGGUCGAGGCAG